CCUGCCAGGUGAGCCUGUUACAAAUACCAGCUGCCCAAGGUAAGGAGUGUGAGGAACAGGGUUGGGUCACAGGCCACUAGGUCUUAGUUGGGAUGGGCCCAAGCCCUGGGGCUAUGAGUCCCUGGGGUCUUAGAGGAAUGGGAAUCUAAAUCCUGAGGGUCCUAGGUCCUGGAGUGGUCUGGACCUGGGAGUCAGUGUCUCACAUCCAGGCCCCAAAGGAGCCCCUGCCCCUGCAUCAGGGAGCUGGCUGUACACUGUGGACUGGCUCAGACUUUGCACGUGUGGUUGAUGGGGCUGGCCUCUCUCUUCUGGCACCCAUAGUGCCUUCUGCCCUGGAGUGUGACAUUGUCCUACGCUAUGAGACCCAGAGCUGUGUUUCUAUCCAGACUUUUCCACUUUGAACCUGGAACACGCUACUCCAUGACCCUAUGACUAUGGCAGACCAAGGGGGUGCAGAGACCUGGGAGGGCGGCACCAUCCUUCUGGAUUCGGUGAAAGGGUUGCCUGGACUGAGGUCUGUGGACCCUGGCGCCACGGGGCACUUGCAGGAGCUCCACAAGGCGGGCUGCGUGGAGGCAGCGAGGAUGAGCCUCUCCAGCACUAUACCUGAGGCCUGUGCCCGCCUUGCCUGCAGCAUCUCUGCCCUGUUCCAGGGGGGUGGCCUUGCAUGUGAGUGCCACCCCCAGGGUUCACUGACCACCGAGUGUGCCCUGCUGGGUGGGCAGUGCUGCUGCCACCCUAACAUUGAUGGUCGUACCUGUGACCACUGCAGGCCUGGAACAUGUGGCUUCCGGCCCACUGGCUGCCGUGAGUGCUGCUGCCACACCAAGGGUGCCACCAAUGCCAUUUGUAACCCUGUGAACGGGCAGUGCCCCUGUCGGGCAGGCCUUGCUGGUCGCUGCUGUGACCACUGCCUCUAUGGCUGGUGGGGCUUCCCAUGCUGCCAACCCUGUGCCUGCAGUGGAGCUGCUGAGUUGUGCCAUCCACUCACAGGAGUCUGCCAGGACUGCCACGGGGCCACAAUGGACCAGCACUGUGAGAGGUGCUUGGAUGGCUACUACGGAGACCCCACCCUGGGCUCAGGCCAGCAGUGCUGGCCCUGCCUCUGUCCUGGGCACCCUGGCUCAGGCAUCUAUCAUGGGACUUCCUGCCAUGUGGACAGCACCAGUGGAUGUGUCCUGUGUCUCUGUGCAUCUGGCUAUGCAGGUGAGGCAUGGUUGGCAGCGACAAACCCAUGGCCCUGCUCACUUGUUCACAAUCCCAUCAGGUCCACGAGGCAAAUCUUUGCCAGUGUCACCUGUGUGUUUGAGCUGCAGGGCGUGCUCCUCUCCUCAAGAAGUUCCCAUUCUUGAGGAAUUAUAGUAAUGGAACU